AUGAUGUGUAAAAAUAAAAAUACUGGUCCUUGUGCAGUUGAAAAUUGUAAAGAAAAUGAAAAAGAACAUAAAUAUAAAGAAGUGAAUAAAAGUGAAUUAUCUGGUGAAUAUUCUUUGAAUGACAUUAAAAUUAAUAUUACAGAAAAUGGAAUUCUUUUAUCUGAAGAAGAUUUUAGCUUACUGGUUCAAAAAAUUGAAAAUUUGGAAGCAAAG